AUGGAGAAGCCUGCAAAUCCUGGCAGUCAGUCAGAGGAAUGCUUUGCCCAUCUUAAAACUGCCUCAGAGAAAGAACAUUCAGCACGAAGUGCCAAUGAAAAGCAUCUCAAGGCCAACCUGAAGCAGGACAUCCUAAACGAUGAAAAGACUGAAUCGGAGGCAACACUUAAGGAAGCUGAGUUGGCAACAUGUUCUAUAGAAUCACUUUUGCCAUUAUUUAAGAACACCAUUGAAGAGAUUAAUUUUGCAAGUGCUAAUGUUUCUGCAUCCAAUUUGAAGAAGAUUUCUGAACAGAAGGAUAUAUUAACAAAAGAAUUAAAUACUUUUAAACAUGUAAAACUAAUUUUAGAACAUCUUCUUAGAAAGACAGAUGACAGACAAACAGGAGACAAUUUACUGAGCAUGUUGUUAAAGAAUCUAACUGAUAAUGAAAGUGAAAACAUUAGUCUUAAGAAGAAGAUCCUUGAAAAGGAGAACUAUAUUCAAGAACUUUCUUGUUUGUUUCAGAAUGAAAAGGCAAAUACAUUGAAAGCAAACCGUUUUUUUCAAUCAGUAAAAGUAGUACAUGAACGACUGCAGCUCCAAAUUAAUAAAAAGGAAGCAGAGAAUGAUAAAUUAAAAGAAGACAUAAAGAGCUUAGAAACCAAAAUAGCCAAAUGGAACUUGCAGUUGAGAACAAAUAAGCAUGAGGCCGUAGCCAUGAAAGAAGCAAGUAAGCAAAAAGCUAUAGCUCUAAAAAAGGCAUUUAAAAUCUACAAACAUAGGCUUGAACAUUUUACAGGAGAUGUUGAACACCUCAUGUCCCAAAUUAGGGAUCAGGAAGCCAAGUUGUCUGAAACAGUUUUGGCUUCCAAUCCCUGGAAAAGCUAUUAUGAGAAAAUAGUAAUAGAAAAAACUGAGUUGGAAGUUCAGAUUGAAACAACGAAAAAGCAAACUGAUAAACUUUUGGAAGAUCUGAAGAAAGUGGAAGCCCAUGGAGAAAAUUCAUGUGAAGAAAUUCUUAGAGAACUUCACCCAAUUGAAUAUGAAAAUGAAACUCUGAAUCUUGAGAAAACAAAACUAAAGACCACACUUACUGCUUUGAAGGACAAAGUUGUUUCUGUUGAAAAGGAACUCUUAGAACUACAAGAAGUAGAAAAAUGACAGAAAGGCCUUAUUGAAAUGUAUAAAAAUCAGGUAUAAAAGUUGCAAGAAGCAGCUGAAAUGGUGAAAACCAGAUAUGAAAAUUUGCUACAUGAAAAUAACCUAAUAACAGAAAACAAAAACAAAAAAUUAGAGAUGGUUGAUGUAAACCAUAGUCUUCUGACAAAGCUUUCUCUUGAGGAGGAAAAUUAUCUUAUUCAGUUGAAAUGUGAAAAGCUUAAACAAAAAUUAGAACAGAUGAAUGCAGAGAAUAAAGAACUUGAGAAGAAGCUAGCAAACCAAGAAGAAUGUCUUCAGCUCAGCAAUCUGAAGCUUAAAGAGAAAUCUGCAGAAUAUUCAGCAUUGGCCAGGCAACUAGAGGCUGCUUUAGAAGGAAGAAGACAGAAGGUUUCUGAAGAAAUAGAGAAAAUGUCAUCUAGAGAGAGGGCUUUACAAAUUAAAAUAUUAGACCUGGAAACUGAGCUUAGAAAGAAAAAUGAAGAACAAAACCAACUUGUUUGCAAAAUAAACGGUAAAGCACAACAUCAGGAAGUGUGUUUGAAACAAAUACAACAUAGUCUUGAAAAGUGGGAGAAUCAAAAUGAGAGUAUUAAGAAUUAUUUACAGUUUCUUAAAACGUCCUAUGUAACAAUGUUUGGAUAAAUUGCUGAAUUUAUUUUCUAUAAGCAGUAGGUUUUUACU